AUGCCAUACUUUUGCUUAGCGAUGUUAUAUUUAUAUAUCCAGAUGGACGAUACCAAGUCAAGACUCCAGGAAUUCCAGUCGACCUUCUCCUCCAACGAUACCGAACGAAUUCAAGCAUUUCCCCACUACUAUAUAAUCAAAAAUUUUAUAAUGGAUGUAGACGGACUUCCCACCGCACCUCAUAAAGACCGCGAAGCCGAGUUGAAGAAAAUGGCUGCGAAGCGACAAGUCAAAAAGCGGACCAAAACGUUUUCUCGCCCUCCUAACCCAGAUGUCUCGUCUCCUAACUUUAAGCGGAAGCCUUCGACACCCAAACAUGAUCACCACCAACUCGAUUCUGAAGAAGAUAACUUAAUGACUCCUCCAUAUGCCAGAUCCCCUCAUCAGAUCACUACUGUUCCUGUUGUUAUUGUACCUUCAGUCACUCCAGCUCCAGCUCGAGCUCAAACUCCUCAAUUAGUCAAUUUAGGUCCACUUCAAUCCCCACCAGCGGCCACUUCUCCUAGCCCUAAACGUAACCGACUCAACAGCUCGCUUCCAGACCCUUCAAAGCUCGUUAUUGAUCAUAACCGAUCAAAACACUACGCUAAUGAUCCCAUCUUAGAUGUUUCGCCUCCUAUUGAUUCCAAUAGAACCAAGUCUAGCUCCAACAACAGUCCAAGUCACCCAUCAACUUUACAAUCUCCAAUCGAAGUCGGUCCCAAAUUCAUCUUUAGUUCUCCCUUGUCAGUUGAUGCAUACAAGUCCUUACUCGGCCCAAAGGUGAUUCUCAACAAGGAACCGGUUUACCCCUCCGAUGAAAUCAAAUCUUGCAUUUAUUCCAUGUACUCAGAAGUUUUCAAACACUUCAAAGGUCGUAUUGCAAUUAAUGAAGAAGAAAUCAUCAAUCGUGCUAAGGUUCUUAGGAAAUUACACUUCAUAGGUAGAAAAGGACUGGAAAAGCGAAGUUCUCCAGGUAUAGUUCCUAUUCUAGAGAUUUUAAUGUUAAUGGUUGAUACUGAUGACCUAUUCUACCAUGUUGUUGAUUGUAGGAACGACUCUGAAGCUUCGUCUACUGGAUCUUCUUCAAAAGGAAAAGGUUGUGCUUAA